AUGACAAAGCUUGGCCAUCUCUCCCAAGAACCAGGCUACCGGAAAAUAUCAAUAACACAUCCCCACGGCCUACGAGCUUGCUCAACUUGUAUGCGCACCUCAGAGGCGCCAGACGACAGUGGCUCCGGCGCCGAUGGACCAACAACGGCGAAUCUUGAUGCAGCAUCCUCCCAGCCGGAUCUCGACAUCUCCACGACCAAAGCCGCCCUCGCCCAGCACCAGGACAAAGACUCGGCCGUCGUCACGGCAAUGGCGGUAGCGGGCUACUCGUCAUCGGACGACGUCACCAAUGAGCAACACCAGCAGCUACAGCUCCGUCCUGCCGGACCGCCGCCGCUCAACUUUACGCUGCACGGCAAGCGGACGGGAAUCGCCAUGUUUGUCGUCUUUACCUUUUUCGACAGCCUCGUCCUCCCCGUCGGGCUCUACUUUGUGCUGUGGUACGGGUUCGGGCCAGGGAAUCCCCAGUACCACCCGCUGAGCGCGACCGUGGUCAUGACCAUCGUCACCGCCAUCAUCGGGGGCGCGAGCAUCUGGGAGCUGCUGCAGCGCGCGUGGAGGCUGGGGAGGAAGGAUAGUCGGUGUCGGGUCUUUGGUGCCGCAUGGUGGCAUUUUGACUGGUUCGAGUGGUGGUUUGUGUUUUGUUGGGUUUUGAUUAUUAUUGAAGUUUCAGUCGCAUUCAUCCCAGACGACCCCAACAAGCGCCUCCUGGCACUGCCCAUGCCCACCGUCAUCCUCAUCUUCGGCACCGUCAGCCUGGCGCUCGAGCUGCUCCGCUACCUCUCCGUCCCGGCCCCGAUCCGCAUCUCGUCCAUCCCCAGCGGCGCACCGCCGCGGCCGGGCAUCUACCCCCUGAUCGAAGACAUCUGCGCCGUGGACGGGGCCGGCAACACGGCGUUCCGCGAGAGCCUGAACCGGCGCUACACGGACAGCGCCGUGUUCCGCGCCAUGCUGCAGCGGCUGGGCGUGUUCUGGGCCCUGGGCGCCGAGUGCUGCGCCGUCGCGACGCUGGCGCUCGUCCUGGGGCUCGACGACGGCCUGGACGACUACGCCUACACCAUCGGGUGGGCCCUGCCGUGGGCGUGGGCGGGGCCUUGGGUGCUGGUCACCAUCUUCUACGUCAGGCGGGAGUUGGAGAAGGAGCGGACCGUUUGGGCGGUCGAGAUGGGUUCGUAUCGUGGAGGAUAG